AUGUUCAAGGCAAAGAAUUGCAAGAAAGGAAAAAAGCAAUCAAUCAGAUGCAGACCUGCUUCUCCUUCUUUGUGCUUAAUGUCUGUACUUUCCCUCAAAUACAGAGCUUGUAGUCAAGAAACUGAUGGACUUUACCUGCAGAUCAAAAUGCCUGUUCCUGAGACAACUGAAAUAGAUGUAGAUGGAGGAAUGGAUCAAGACAUCUUUGACAUCAAUGAAGCUUUAGGAUUGGACCUUUUUGAGGGAGACAUCAAACUUUAUGGGGUGAGAGAACGAAAUUCCAUCAUUGGUGACGAGUAUCGGUGGCCUCAUGUUAUCCCCUAUGUCCUUGAUGAUAGCCUGGAAAUGAAUGCUAAGGGACUCAUCCUCAAGGCAUUUGAACGGUAUCGACUGAAAACCUGUAUCGACUUCAAACCUUGGGAAGGGGAGAAGAACUACAUAUCUGUGUUCAAAGGAAGUGGUUGCUGGUCAUCAGUUGGAAACCGUCAAAUGGGAUUGCAGCAGCUCUCCAUCGGAGCCAACUGUGACAGGAUCGGGACAAUCCAGCACGAGUUCCUGCAUGCCCUGGGGUUCUGGCAUGAGCAGUCACGGUCUGACAGGGAUGACUACGUGUCCAUCAUCUGGGACAGGAUUCAGGCUGGUAGAGAGCAUAAUUUUGAAAAGUAUGAUGAUAAAACAUCGGACUCCUUGAAUGUUCCCUAUGACUAUACUUCUGUGUUGCACUAUAGCCAAACUGCAUUCAGGAACGGAACUGAACCCACCAUCGUCACUAAGAUACCAGACUUCAUGGAUGUUAUAGGGCAGCGAAUGGAUUUCAGUGAUUAUGAUCUGCAGAAACUGAACCGUCUCUACAACUGCUCUUCCUCCCUAAGUUUCAUGGACACCUGCAGUUUUGAACUUGAGAAUAUAUGUGGCAUGAUUCAAAGUUCAGAUGAUAACAGUGAUUGGCAGCGCUUGUCUAAGGUUCCUGCUGGGCCAAACACUGAUCACACUGUUAUGGGAGAAUGUGAAGAUUCUGGCUACUUCAUGCAUUUCAACACCAGUGCUGGAGAAGAGGGAAACACAGCUGUCCUGGAGAGCCGAAUUCUGUACCCCAAAAGAGGCUUUCAGUGCUUACAAUUCUAUUUCUAUAACAGUGGACAUGAAAGCGACCGGCUGUAUGUCUGGGUCAGGGAAUAUACUUCAGACCAACCAAAUGGUACUUUGAGACUCAUUGAAGAGAUAAAAGGUUCACCUGAAAGUUACUGGCAGCUCCAUCAUGUUUCUUUGGGUGUCACAAGUAAAUUCCGGGUUGUAUUUCAAGGCGUGAGAGGAAGUGGCUUAUCAAACGGAGGCCUCUCUAUUGAUGACAUCAACUUGUCAGAAACUCAGUGUCCUCACCACGUCUGGCAUAUCAGAAAUUUCACACAUCUCCUCAACACAAGUCCAGCAGGGACAGAAGGACAAAUAUAUAGCCCACCUUUUUACUCUAGCACAGGAUAUGCUUUCCAGGUCAGCUUGUAUGUAAAUGGUACCGCUGAUAACCCAUUCAAUUUAGCGAUGUACUUAUACUUGAUUUCUGGAGCAAAUGAUGAUCAGUUGCAAUGGCCCUGUGCAUGGCAACAAGGUACCAUGAUUCUGCUUGACCAGCAUCCUGAUAUUCGUCAACGAAUGUCAAAUCAAAGAAGUGUAACAACAGACCCUCUGGAAUUAUCAGGUUCUUCAUCAAAUUAUUUCUGGGAUAGACCAGACAAAGUGGGAUCCAUGGCAUCUUUUCCCAAUGGAACUACAUUCAUGAGAGGUCCAGGAAGUGGAACGAGUGCAUUUUUAACUCAUCAGAGACUUAGAAGCCGCAACUUUAUUAAAGAAGACAGUGUCUAUAUUCUUUUAACAAUGGAAGAUAUAUCACAUCUACUAAAUACUCAGCCAAGUGUUUCACCCACCACUGUGAGUACACCCAGUACUGCCACCACCACCACCACCACCACCACCACCACCACCACCACCACCACCACCACCACCACCACCACCACCACCACCACCACAACAGCCUCUGUCACCCUGACUGAAAAGCCUGAGGGUCCUGAACUCUGCCUAAACAACCCUUGUGAAAAUGAUGGUGUCUGUGUUAUUGUUGAUGCAGCAUCAGUGUGCAGAUGUCCAGCAAGUGACAACUGGUGGUACAUGGGAGAAAGGUGUGAAAGGAAAGGCUCAACUCAAGAAAAUACUGUAAUAGCUGUUGCUUCAUCCAUAACUAUAUUUGUUGUAAUGCUUAUCAUCACUAUCACAACUGCAGUGUGCCUUAAAAAGAAAUAUAGAUAAGGGAAGAAAAAUGGAGUGAGUCUGAUUCUAGAAGAGAAUAAAAUAUCCUCCUGAAGAUAAUGCAAAGAAGCAUUAAAGACACAAGAUGUGCAUCACCAGAAAACCACAACUACGUCAUCAUUCUUUCUAUUACUUCUAUCUCGACCAUCAUGAUAAAUGUUUGUAAAGUCUGGAAAAUAAUUAAUCAUCAGA